UCGGGCCUAACCCCGGGGGGUCGACGCACUUUCGGGAUCGCAUUACUGCUCAUCGUGGUCUUCCUCUGGACGGCCUCGAACUUCCUCGCCAGUACCAUCUUCGCCGACAACACCUACUCCAAACCCUUCUUCGUGACCUACGUCAACACCUCCAUCUUCAUCCUCCCGCUCGCCUCGAUCAUCGCUGGUCGGGUCUUCCGGCUCUGGCGCGCCGGCAAGCUGUACCGGAUUCGGUCGGUGCAGAGUCUGUUGCAGCAUCUCGAUGCGCAUGAUGGGUGUUUGGAGGGUGAGGGGAGACGGAUUUUGGAUCGUGCGGGGCUUUCGUCGGCCAGGUUGGGGUUGAAGGAGACGGCGAAGCUGAGUUUUCAGUUUUGUCUUCUGUGGGCCAAUUACUUUGCCAUGGCAUGUUUACAGUAUACAACGGUGGGAAGUACCACCAUCCUGACCUCCACGAGUGGCGUAUGGACCCUCAUCUUCGGCGCCCUCAUCGGCGUCGAACGCUUCACGCCCCGCAAACUCCUCGGCGUGAUCGCCUCCCUCAUCGGCAUCAUCAUCAUCUCGCGCCUCGACAUCUCCGCCCCUUCCCCUUCCCCCUCGCCAACCCCAGACGCAGACCCGAAUCCAGGAGGAAACAGGAGCACCAUCCCCCCCAAACCCCCGCACGAGAUCGCCCUCGGCGACGCCAUGGCCGCCUUCAGCGCCGUCAUGUACGGGGUCUACACGAUCGUCCUGAAGAAGCAAGUCGGCGACGAAUCCCGCGUCAACAUGCAGCUCUUCUUCGGGCUGGUCGGCCUCCUGAACAUGGUGCUGCUGUGGCCCGGGUUCCUGGUGCUGCACGCCCUGGGCGUCGAACCCCUCGCCUGGCCCGACUCCCCCCGCGUCUGGACCAUCGUCUGGGUCAAUGCGCUCGCCUCCCUCCUCUCCGACCUGUGCUGGGCCUACGCCAUGCUCCUGACCACCCCGCUGGUCGUGACCGUCGGCCUGAGUCUGACCAUCCCGCUGUCGCUGGUCGGGCAGAUGGUGAUCCAGGGGCAGUAUGCGAGUGGGGCGUAUUGGGUGGGCGCGGCGGUGGUGUUCGGGUCGUUUUUGGUGGUGAAUCAUGAGAGUCGG